GACCAGGCCAUGGGGAGGCUGAGACGAGGGAAUGCAUUUACUACAACGCCAACUGGGAGCUGGAGAAGACCAACCAGAGCGGGGUGGAGCGCUGCGAGGGGGAGAAGGACAAGCGGCUCCACUGCUAUGCCUCCUGGAGAAACAACUCGGGCUCCAUCGAGCUGGUGAAGAAAGGCUGCUGGUUAGAUGACUUCAACUGUUACGACAGGCAGGAGUGCGUAGCCACAGAAGAAAACCCUCAAGUGUUUUUCUGCUGUUGUGAGGGCAACUAUUGCAAUGAGAAAUUUACACAUUUGCCUGAAGUCACCGGCCCAGAAGUCAUAUACGAGCCGCCACCGCACGCUUUUAACAUCCUGGUGUACUCCCUGCUGCCCAUCGCCGUGCUCUCCAUCGCCAUCCUCUUGGCCUUCUGGAUGUACCGGCACCGCAAGCCCCCCUACGGGCACGUUGACAUUAAUGAGGACCCUGGCCCACCGCCCCCUUCUCCCCUUGUUGGCCUAAAGCCUCUGCAGCUCUUGGAGAUCAAGGCGAGGGGACGCUUUGGCUGUGUGUGGAAAGCUCAGCUGAUGAAUGACUACGUAGCAGUGAAGAUCUUCCCUAUUCAGGAUAAGCAAUCUUGGCAGAGUGAGAGGGAGAUUUUCAGUACCCCUGGCAUGAAGCAUGAAAACCUUUUGCAAUUUAUCGCAGCAGAGAAAAGAGGGACAAGCCUGGAGACAGAGCUCUGGCUGAUCACAGCUUUCCAUGACAAGGGCUCUCUGACAGAUUACCUGAAGGGCAACAUUAUCAGCUGGAAUGAGCUCUGCCAUGUUGCAGAAACAAUGGCCCGUGGCUUGUCCUACCUUCAUGAAGACGUCCCUUGGUGCAAAGGUGAAGGACACAAACCUGCUAUAGCACACAGGGACUUCAAGAGUAAAAAUGUCUUGCUGAAGAACGACUUGACAGCAGUGCUAGCUGAUUUUGGACUAGCUGUACGGUUUGAACCUGGAAAACCUCCAGGGGACACUCAUGGACAGGUGGGAACGAGGAGGUACAUGGCUCCCGAAGUGUUGGAGGGAGCAAUCAACUUCCAGCGAGACGCCUUCCUGAGGAUAGACAUGUAUGCAAUGGGACUGGUGUUGUGGGAGCUAGUCUCCAGAUGUAGAGCAGUUGAUGGUCCAGUGGAUGAGUACAUGCUGCCUUUUGAAGAAGAAAUAGGUCAGCAUCCAUCCCUUGAGGACCUGCAAGAAGUGGUGGUUCACAAGAAGAUGCGCCCUGUGUUCAAGGAUCACUGGCUGAAACACCCC